AUGGGUAAAAGCUUAAUGGAACAUCUGUAUCCUAACACAGAGAAAACCCAAUGCCUUCCCAAAAGAGAAAACUUCCUGUCUUAUGGAGAAACUUUUGGCAUCAGCUUGGCUGUUUUGGCUCUGGCUCUUUCUGCAACCACAGCCUUGGUGCUUGGAAUCAUCAUCAAAAACCGGAACACUCCCAUUGUCAAAGCCAACAACCGGAAUCUCACCUACACGCUGCUCGUCUCCCUCCUGCUCUGCUUCCUCUGCUCUUUGCUUUUCAUUGGCCAGCCUCAGACAUGGACCUGCACUCUGAGACAAACUGCUUUCGGGAUCAUCUUCUCAGUAGCCGUUUCUUUGGUCUUGGCCAAAACCCUCACUGUGGUUCUGGCUUUCAUGGCCACCAAGCCAGGAUCCAAGAUGAGGAAAUGGGUGGGGAAAAGAUUGUCCAUCUCUAUCGUUCUUGGCUGCUCCUUUAUCCAAGCAAGUGUUUGUAUAGUCUGGCUAUGUAGCAACCCUCCUUUCCCAGAUCUGGACAUGCACUCUCUGCCGGACGAAAUCAUUGUGGAAUGCAAUGAAGGCUCGGCCAACAUGUUCUACUAUGUUCUUGGUUACAUGGGGCUGCUGGCUCUUGUCAGCUUCAUUGUGGCUUUCUUUGCUCGGAAGCUGACGGACGUUUUCAACGAAGCCAAAUUCAUCACUUUCAGCAUGUUGGUGUUUUGCAGUGUUUGGGUGUCUUUUGUUCCAACCUAUCUAAGCGCCAAAGGGGAAAACAUGGUGGCUGUGGAGAUCUUCUCCAUCUUGGCCUCCAGUGCUGGGAUACUGAGCUGUAUCUUUUCCCCUAAAUGUUAUAUAAUUAUUUUUAGACCUGAGCUGAAUAAUAAGGAGCAGCUAAAAAGAAAGUAA